UCUAAACAAAUUAUUUAUAGUGCCUUAUCUUUUUUUUUUUUCCUUAGUCAUUCAUUUUAGGUUAAAACAUUGUAUCAAGAAAAAAAAAAAAAGUCUCCUUUUCUCUUUACACAAUUAUUUAAAAACACAAAGGUUUUUCAAUGACAACUUAUCAUUCCGUUCCUAUUGAAGAACUGUCAUCAACAUUACCCAUUGAAAGAGAAACUUCAAUUCAAAUAAUGGCAAAAAGAAAGAGAAAAUCUCGGUCUAUCUUGGCCACUUUAAUGUUAACUAUAUGUGUAAUUACUUUUGUUCUUCAAACCGAGUUAACUCAAUAUGUUCAAAAGACAACAAGUUAUUCAAAGCCUUACUUUAUAUUGUAUAUAAGUCAUUCUUGUUAUAUCUUUAUGAUUCCAAUACAAUUCGUAGGUGAAUACAUUCAACAACAAUGGUAUUGUUCAAGUAAUGAACCAUUGUCAAUAAACCAACGAUUAGUAAAGACCUUUGAGAACUACAAGUUAUCGUUUCAGAGUUCUCUUCAUGAUUUGUUGUUAUAUCAACCAGAGACCAAUCCUUCUCCCCUUUUCUUCAUUCUUAAAAUGAGCCUCUAUUUAUCUGCAUUGCUCACGUUACCUUCUUAUAUAUGGUACCUUAGUGUCAACCUGACGUCCAUGUCAAAUUUAACAGCCAUCUAUAACACUGGCUGUUUCUUUGCUUACCUAUUUAGUAUUCUCAUGUUGCAUGAUCGAAUUGUCCCUGUAAAAGUUGGGGCUGUUAUACUCUGUUUGAUUGGUGUCCUUACGAUGGCUCUUUGGUCAACAACAGAUUCGGAGGAAGAGGAUCGUAGUGGUAGCACGAUAAGGGAAUGUGUGGGAAUUGUUGUGGCCUCUAUAGGUGCUGCUCUAUAUGGGUUCUAUGAAGUCUUUUAUAAGAAAUAUGCUUCCCCUUCUCCCUCACAUUCAACCAUCUUAUUUGCAAACACAAUCACGGGUAUCAUCGGUAUCGUCACUUUCUUAUUUCUUUGGUUACCUUUCCCUCUUUUACAUCUAUCAGGUAUAGAGGAAUUUGAAUGGCCAGAUAGAGUGACGAUGGGUUCUAUCUUGGCUAUUGCUUCCAUGAGUGUCAUCUAUAACGCAACCUUUAUGGCCGUUAUCGCACUUGUUAAUCCUGUUUUCGCUGCUGUAGGCGUCAUGUUAACUAUACCCGCUGUGGCCGUUACGGAUAUUUUUGUUACAGGAGUGAUGGUACCGAUGUCAACCAUCAUAGGUAGUUUGUUUAUUUUACUAGGUUUCAUUAUCCUAAAUAAACAAGUCGCUCAAGAAGAGCAAGAGAAGACAUCAUCAUCCUCUAUUACUUAAUAAAAAUGAUUCUAUUU